UCGCUUCGAUUUUUUCCAGCUGCUAACUCUCCACUUCUCUUCUCCUCGCUCUAUAUAUAUGUCUGACAGGAUAACACUUCUCGUCAUCCUUCAAAUAUUCUAUAAAACAAACAAAUUCUUUACUGCUGUUUUGUAUACAAUGCAAGAACAAACCAGAAACCAUGGCUGUGGCGGUGGCGGUGGAGGUGGAGGAACUUCUUCUAGCUACAGAGGUGUUCGAAAGAGGAAAUGGGGGAAAUGGGUGUCGGAGAUACGCGAGCCUGGAAAGAAAACUCGGAUUUGGUUAGGGAGUUUUGAUACUCCUGAAAUGGCAGCCACUGCUUAUGAUGUUGCAGCUUUACAUUUCAGGGGACGUGAAGCCAAGCUUAAUUUUCCUGAACUGGUUAACGAUCUUCCUAAGCCAGAAAGCUCCAACGCUGAAGAUAUUCGCAUGGCUGCACAUGAGGCUGCGUUACGUAUCAGGACGCCUAUGAAGGAGCCAGAAAGCGGCGGUGGAGGUGGCAGCAGUGGCAACGUUGGUAGCUCGAAUAGCGUGGUGGGUCCGGUGACAGUUAGGCUGUCGCAGAGUCAGAUUCAGGCGAUCAAUGAAUCGCCUCUGGAUUCACCAAAGAUGUGGAUGCAGAUGGCAAUGGUAGAAGAUCCUAUGAUGUUUUCCCAUGAUGUUGGAGAGGAUGAUGACUGGAAUUAUAACAUGCAAAAUGAUUCCCUUUGGGAUCCUUAGGUAACAUUUUGGCCAAUGGGUUUUCAUACAACAUAAUCCCGUACGAAAAGGCUUACGUAGACUCGAUUAUCAUGAAUUUAAGACAUAAAAAUGCGAAAAUCCACUUAUUUUACGUGUGGAUUUUAUCAUUGUCUUAACUCCAUGAUAAUUCAGGAAUAGAAAAGAAAUUUUCUAAUAAUAAUUACUAAUAUACAAUAGAGAAAUUUGGGGAUACGAAGAGAAUUAGGGGAAUUCUAAUUAAGUUGGUUUAUGCUUUUAAAAAGGUGGAAAGGUUUAUGGCGGGUCCAGGAGAGGAGAGGAGAUGACUGAUGGCAUUAGGAUUAGUGCAAAGGCCACGAACUCUCCUUCUUAGCCAUAAAAUUUGUCAGCUUCUUUGUUGGCUUUUUUAAUUUGUUUGAAACUUAGUAUUCUACCUUAUAAUUCAUUCAAUUGGUAUUUGUCGUAUGCUUCUCCCAAUACUUUAGUGAAAUUCAUUAUUUAAUUUGAUAAAAUAUUAUAAAUUUGCCCUUAA